AUGUUUAAUGCUCAACGUCUUGCGCCUGGUUUCAAUAGCAACGAUGAAUUGUUAGCAGAUCGUUCGGCAGCAUCGAAUUAUUUAUUUGGUUUACCAAUACGACAAUAUCAAGAUCAAUUAUAUCAGAGACCAGCGGACAGUUUAUCAGCAUUAUCAGUAUCAGAUAGACAUAAUCAACAACGUACAAAACGGAUCUAUUGGGAGAAUCUCGCAUUUCAUGCAGCUGAUUAUAAUCAAAAGCCCAAGAAAACUUAA